GUGAUUGGAAUUUCUAGAAUACGACACAUCAAACACGUCUACCAUAAGCUAAAGUCACAUAUAGCGAAGAGCAAAGUGAAGUGAAGGAAAAAUUAAAAUAAAUAAAAAAUAAAACAAAAGCAAAAUUGAAAAGCAGAAGUUGACACAAAAAAAAACGAACCAAGAACUACAACAAAUAUUCUGAAUUCGUUUUUCUUUUUUAAUUUUAUUUUCGUUCGUUUGUUUUAUGGUGAUUAUUAUAUAUGCAAAGUUAAUGUGCAGUGUUUGUGAGCGUUUACAAAUCAAGAAAAUAAAAAAAGAAAAGAAAACAAAUUUGAUCAAAUGUGAGGUGUGGAUUAGAUAAACAGACUUUCGAGGCUAUGACAAACGCCAAGGAAGGGGAAAAAAAAACAGAUUCGAAAAAAAAGAAGCCAACCACAGCACGCAAUUCAGUUUAAUUGAAAUUAUUUGUUACGAGAGAAUUUAAUUAUGAAUUCAGCAAAAACAAUGGUGAAUGUUAGUCCAAAAAUGUCAAAUCGCGAAGCGAUUGAACGUGAACUGGAAAAAUUUGUGAAAAUGUUUAGUACAAAAGCCGUUCAGGCAAUUGUUCAGUCACGCCUUGGCGAUAAAAUGCAAACGUACAGCAAUGCACGAUCGCUAUCAAAUGAUUGGUUUAAUGUUACUAUUGAUGAUGAGCCAGAUAGUUUAAAUCAAACCAAACGCGUAAUUGAAACAAAAUCAGGCGAAUCGGUGCUCAAUCGUUUGCCAUUGUGCGUGGAAAUCUCAUUGAAAACAGCCGACAAUGAUACUAUGAUAUUGGAAGUAUGGUCAUUAUCAUGCAAUAGACAAUUAUUGGAUAAAACAUCCCGACUAUCAUAUUCCAUUUAUAAUCGUAUGGGAACAUUGCUCAAGUCAUUGGUGCAAGUAACACGAUCAACGCCCGCAUACAAAUUGUCACGCAAAAAGAGUAUGGGAUGUUUUGACAUCUUUUAUCGAAUUUAUUCUGGAAAUCCACAAGUUGAUAAUUUAGGUGAAGGAUUUAAAGAGCAUAUUAUCGGUGAUUUAAGUACGAGCGUUGGACAAUUCAAAAUGGCCGUUGCCUACAGAACUAAAAUGACCAUUUCACCAACACAUACCGGUCGUGAUACAACAUUAAUGCUGAAAAGUGAUCAUUUUAACGAUAUCAGCCCGAAGGCACAAAUUCGAUAUAAUGUUAAGAAACCAGAGAAAAAAGUAAUUGACCUCGAAAAACCGCUACUAAGUGGUGCUUUUGUUGAUCCAUCAAAAUUGACACAAUACACCGAAAAAGAUUACAUAUUACCAGAAAUUCCACCAUUUAGCUGGUUGAUUAAACAACCAAAGAAGGAGACCAAAAAUGAUGAAGUCAAUGAAAAUGAAAAGGGCAAGGUAAACAACGGCAACGUCGAUAGUUCCGGUUCACCAGAUUCAAAAAAAACACUGCUAAAUAAUAAUAAUAAUAAUAAUAACAAUAAUAAUAUCAACAAUAAUAAAAAUCUCAAUAAUAACAAUGAGAAUGAUAACGAACUGAAAAAUGGUUUGACCACGAAAAAUGACAUUUUAACGAAAAACGAUCGAUUUCGAUUUGGCUCAUCAAAAACACUAUCGCGGGAUGAUGAUCGAAUUCUUAAAGAAAUGAGUUUUCCAUUUGCGACCGCAACACCAAUGAAGGAUUUAGCCAAAUUUUAUCGUGAUUGUUUCAAUGCACCGCCAUUGCAUGCGUUUAGUGAACCAUUGCCACCGCUUGUGCUAAAUGGUGAUGCCGUAAAUAUGGCAGCCGCUGAAGAAAUUAUCGAGACUGAAGCAAAUGAUCAAGCCGCCGAUGCUGUAACAAAAUUAUUGGAACAAUUUGAAACAUCAUUGCCCGACUACGAAACCCUCGUUACAUCACUUUGUACACAACCGAUUGAUAAAAAUUCCAACAGUUGAAAGAUUUAUCAAAAUGAUGUACAUAGAAAUAUGAUUAAUUUUUCCAAAUCGAAUUUUAACUGAAGACGCAAAUUAAAUACGCAUUAACUGACGCUCAAAAUAGUAGGAAUACAAAAAUCCACUUAACAAACCGGAACGAAAUAUAAAUUGCAAACCAAAUGAAAAACAGUAAUAAUAACAAUAAAAAAAAUCCCGUUUAUCCGAAUCGAAUUGCAAAUUCAAAAAAGUGAUUUUGUUCGAAAAAUCACUUAAAUCAAAUUCUCGUCAACAUUUUUGAUAGCAAUUCUAUUUAAUUGAUAUCCAUAUGAAAAUUUAGAAUUUUCACUAAUUGUAGGGAACAUUUCGUAUGGGAAUGGAAAAAUGAAUUAAUGUAACGUUGGCAGUGCCGAUUAUAAUUCAAAGACUUGAAUCAUUUAACAAAGAAUGAAAUGUCUUGUCUGCCAAAGAUUAGUGAGCUGUGUGCAGCAUUUUUGUUUAGAAAAGAUUUGUGUUAAUUGACGUUAUUAUCAUACGAACACGAUCGAUUCGAUGAUCGUGUGAUGGUGAUGAAAUGCCAACCGAUGUAAUGUCUAUCCUUGUGAAAAUGUCUGUAUAAUCUCAUUUUUGAAUUACCUCACUUACAUUCGUAUGUGGUGAAUACGGUUUAAGAAUGGAGGAAAACAAAAAGUGCACAAACGAUGCGCGAACAAUUACAAGACGGCGUUAGACGUUUAGAACCUUUUUUUUUUGGGCACUGUUAUAUUUUAUUGCGCACUUAGUACGUGCAAAAAAAAACGGAAAUUUAUUAGAAGGUCUUUUGUUAUUUAAUUAGACGAAAAUCAGGCAUUAAAAAUGUAAUAAUGCUCAGAAAAUGAUUAUUGUACCGAAAUGUGAAACGAUAAAUCCAAAAAGAUAUCUUAUGAUUGAUAUUAUAUACAAUUUUUUUUAAAAAUGUAACACAUUAUAAAUCAAGACGGUUUUGUGAAAUCAGUAAAAACGUGCUAAAAUUGCUUUUCUAAUUUCUAAGAUUCAAUAUAUUUUGAACAUUUUGAAAUGUUUUGUUUGUACAAUUGAUAAAAAAAAUGAAACGAAUCAUGUUUAUCGUUAAUGUUAUAUUUUGGAUGCCAUUAAAUAUACAUUUAUUUUGUUGAACAAAAAUCAUUUGGAUUAAUUAAAAUCAAGCUUAAGUAAAUGGAAAAACAGACAUUCCUAUUUGAAUGGAUAAAAUGUAAUUUUUAAUAUAACAACAACAACAACUGGUCGACGCGUUCGCUCCAAUUGAAUUUAAAAAUAAUUUUAUGAAAAUAAUGAUCAAAAAAAUAGUAAUGUCUGUUUGGAAGGCAGAAAAAAUGCUAAACCAUUUGAAAUGAAAAUCGGAAAAUAUUUAUUUUGCAUAAAUUCAUUAGUAAAGACAUAUCUACUGACACAUUCACAUCAAA